AUGUCGAAGCAACGACGUGGUUCGGACAUGUUUUCGCGAGAAGCAUUUCUUGCCCGGUUGGCAUCAAAGGCCGAGGAGAGGGAAAAUAUCAACAAGAUCGCAAAUUUUGUAAGUGCCAAAAAUCUGCGUUUGUCUCAAUUGCUCGAGGAAAAAAAUGAGAUUGCUGAGGAGACCAUAUUUAUACUAUCAACUAAGCUGACGACAAAGGGAUUAAUGACGCUAGCAAUGGCAAUUAAGCACGUUCCUUCACGAUAUAGUCAGGCAGGUCAUGAUGAAUGUGGAAAUUUUAGACUAUAUGCGAUCGGCACCAUUAUGAGGAAGGCAGGUUUUGUAAUUGUGGUAGAAGAUCUGCGAGUUUACGUAACAUUAGUAGAGGCAAGAUGCCCUACGUUAUGUUCAAAAUACGAAAAAGAUUUCGAAGAUGUUCUUUGGAAAGCCACCGAAGAAGAAUCUUUUAAUUUCAACUGCAUGAUGACGCCUCCUGUUGACCUCUGCCUUUAUUGUCGAAAGCCAUUGUCAACCAACAACAAGCCAAAUAAGGCAACAUUGUUCACGCUGAGUGGACCGAUACCCUGCACCAAAUUGAGACUUCGUUGUCGCGAGUGUGAUGUUCAGUACGGAAUUUGCUCCAUAAGAGAUAAAACUGGAGAGCAUUUAUACCCAAAAUUACAUCGGCCCCUUCUCGUGGAAGCCAGUAAUGUGAAUUAUGUUGAUGCAGCAUUGUACGAGUGGAUACCUUCUCUUGG